AUGGCACAUUUGGCUUCUGCAAGCAUUUCUACUUCCACACUCGAAAGUCGGUCACAAUUCUUUAUUCAGAGGUCAUUGACGGUACUGGAUAGUAGUGACGAGGUACGUACAGAUUCGUCGUCGUCUCCUUCCAUGAACCUGAAGCGCUCGUCCGGCAGUGACGCCAAGUACCGCGAGGACGAAGGAACCGAUACUGCAGGAAUGGCCCUCCCUGCUUCUUCUUCUUCAUCUAGUGGGAGACGGAUGAAGGCAGAAUCUACUGCGGCUGCUAGAGACGACAAACCGGCUCCCAAGCACCGCAAGUACGAGCGCAAGACAAAGCGCUUCAUCUGGCCCAACGACCUCCAUCGACUUUUUGUAGCUGCCAUUUUUGACGUCGGUCUUAAGAAUGCGUCACCAAAGGCUCUACUUGCUCUAAUGGAGGCAGCAGGACCCAAUUCUGGACUCACGACGGAGCACCUCAAGUCUCAUUUGCAGAAAUAUCGUCUCAAUUACGAGCGUUCUCGAAUGGAGUUUCUCGAAUAUUAUGAUCGCAGCUCUAAGCACAACCUCAAGCGGCGCCGCCGCCAGGCUCAGGAUCGAGCUAGCGGAGCAGGCAGCGACGCCAAUACGAUGUUCGUGUUCCCCAUCAGUAACUCAAAGCGCCGAAAAAGGCGUGGAAGUGACAGUGACAGUGAUGAUAGCGACUCAGACACCGAAAGUCAUCCCACUGAUAACAGCGUGCAGGUGGAUGUAAAAGAACAGGAAACUCUACAGCGACGACCUGGUUCUCUUACACCAGGUACAGAGACCCAUCCGCAUAGCAUCAACUACUCGCAGCUCACGCAGAGUACACAACAGCAGCCAACGAAUGGUCGUCUUCCGCUACAGCCUCCUGUAUCAAAUGAUCGUAUGAUGCGUGCUGCGCCAGGGCUAGAAACAUCUCUAGGUCUGAUUCCUAUAGCACCUCACCACUUGCCUCCAGCCUAUGCCCAUACCCAAUCAAAACAACCUUCAGACCACGAUCGAGAUUUGGCGGCAGCGGUAGCCGCUGUGGCAGCAUAUCGCUCUCCGUUGGGACAGCUACCAGGCUCAGUCGCUGGAGGAGUUGCUGGUUUGCCGGCGCUAACGGAUCCGCAGUGGAGCAUUUUGAACUCGCUUAUGUCGUCACAGCUCGCUGGUAUGACUCAACUCGUAGGAGAAGGUGGACUAUUUCCGCAAGUAGCUACGGGCGAGGCAAUUGCUCGCGGUGCUAAUAGCACGGACGGAUUAAUGCUGCAUGAGGAACCGUCUGAUCUUCAAAUGCAGAUGCACCUUGCCAUGCAAGCCCAAAUGAAUCUUCAUCGUCAGAUGCUUACGCGCAAGGUGGAAGUGGCACAGCAUCUUGCUCGCCACAGCAGCAUGGGGACAAUUAGUAGUAGCUCGGUCACAAACAACAGGAAUAACCAGCAAGUUUCCGCAAGAUGCUAUGGCGAGUCUUGGGGCAAUGCACAGCAGCACCAGCAUCAGCAAUAUCAGCAACACCAAGACCAACAAGAACACUAUCAGCAGCAGAUGAAUUUAUUAUCCCGGCCAUCUUUGACCGCCGAGGCCAGAGUAACGCAGGUAUCAGCGCCGAUAGCAAGUGCGCGAAUAGACGCGGUUGUGGCAGCCUCAACAACCAGCGAGACUGUGGUAGCCUCAACAUCGGCAGCUGUUAAUGGUUCUGCCGAGGCAAUUAGCAGUGCAGCUGGACUGCCAACGGAGACGAAGGGUGACGAUGACGGGAUCGAUCUUUACCGUUGGGACCGCAUUGAUUUGAAUGUGGAGCUCGAUGAUGACGAUCUCUUUGAUUUUUUGAAGUCAUAG